AGUGCAGAGUUGAGCACUCGGUACGGUACAAAAGCCGAGGAGCUGAUCUCGGUGGUGCCGACAAUUGAGAGUUAUUCAAGGCUGCAAUGAUGGGCUGCGUUCAGCUGCUUCUGCUCUGCUCUCUGUGGUCCUCCUCCAUCCUUUCCUCCAUGAGCCUCACUGUCUCUCAAGGAGCACUGGGUGACGAAAAUAUCCUAGAGUCACACAUACGAACCUGUAAAGGUAUAGAACUGGAGCUGAGAGACUGCAACGGAAGACUGACGGAGAAGACUCUGUACGCUACUAACGCCGACGAAGAAAUCUUUGACCUGAAGAGGCAGCUGAGACAGUGCAAACUGUCAUGCAAGACUGCAGCUCAGGCGGCUGACAUGCAGAUUGCAGCUCUUCAGGCUCAGCUGGACAGUCUGCUGAAACAGCUCGGAGAGAAAGCGACUGGUCCUGCUAAAAACGUCGUGGACAUUCUACAGCAGUACGUCGCCAUAAAGAAGCUGGAGUUGAACAUCGCCGUGGAGACAGAACCAGCCAAGCUUGCAGCCCUUCAAGAAAAGCUGAAGAAAUCAAUAGAAGAGCUGAAAACAUUGACUGGAAAUCUGAGUCCAUCAGAUUGCAAAGGUGGCGGUGACAACAACAGCCUGACUGCAGAGAUAAGCAAGCUGCAAGUGGAAAUUGAUAAGCUGCAGAGUGGAAGUGGAGGCCCUGCACAGUCAUCAAAAAUCAACGAAUUAAAGAGACAGCUGAGGGAGAAGCUCCAACAACUGAUCUCAGCUGGUGAUGAUUCCUCCAAACAAGUUGUGGAGAUCAUCAAACAACAAGAGGACUUCAAAGUUAUUCAGAGCAAACUGGCUGACCUGCUGAAGACACAAGAAGAGUUUAAGGCCCUUCAGGCACGUCUGAGAGAUUUGACGUUCCUGCUGUCCGAUCUGAAAGAAGAGAAGAAGAAAGGCAACGCAGUCGAUAAAGAGAUCGCGGCUACAGAGAAAGAGAUUUCGGAGGUAAAGGGCCAGUUGCAGGCUGUAAACCACAGCCUGUCUCAGAAGGAAGAUCUGGAGAAACAGUUCCUGGAGAAGAAAAAGCAGAUAGAGGACAAAAUCAACGGACUGCAGAAUAGCAAACAGGAGCUCCUUGCCAGAAUCCUGAGUCUUCAGCUGGAGCUGCAGGAGACUCAGGUUCGUGCACAAGCAGAAAAGAUGGCAGCAGAAUUUCAAAUACAAGAUCUUCAGAAGCUGGUGAGAAUGAAAGAAGAGAGGAUUUCCAAGCUGCUGGGCAGGAACCGAUAUUUGGAGACGAAGCUGGAGGACCUUAACGCGGUGUGUGAUGACCUCCAGGCUUCCUAUGACCAACUGUUGACUCAAAUUAAUGACCUGUCAGAUGGGAACCUUAAACAAACAUUCGAGAUCAUAUCACUGAGCAACGAGAUAGACAGCAUACGGAGCCAGAUUGCCAGCGAGACGUCCGAGUCCAAGAUUAAAGAGCUAAAUAAACUGCUGCAAGACAAGAUCAAUCAAUUCAACUCAAAGAAGCAAGAACUGCAGAAGAAAGAUCCAGACGCUGACAAGAUUCUGUCCAUACUAGGUAAGAUGGAAGAGAUCCAGAGGCUGCAGGGUCUCGCGAAGCUGGAAAAUUUGGACCAAAUCCGCACUCUGCAGCAGGACCUGCUCAAAGAGAUCAACAGACUGAGCGACUCCAGUCCUGUCAAACUGGUGCUGAAGAACAUGGCCCUGCUGUCGGAUGUGAACUGGAUACAGAGGCUGAUCGGCUCCGUCUCGCUGCAGUCGAGGAACCAGAUCUCAGCUCUGCAGGAGCAGCUGAAGAAGAAGGAGGAGCUGCUGAACAAAACGAUGGCAGAACUGGCCAGUAAGGAGGGGGAAGUGGGUCGACUGUCCAAAAGGGUCGCCGAUCUGACAGAGGAACUGAAGAAGCUGAAGGAAACGCUGACGAAGCUGGAGAUUUCAUCAGCCGCCCAAGUGCGAGACCUGGAGAGUCAGCUGGACAAGACCAAACAAGAGCUGGACAAGGUCAACAAGGCCCUGAGCAGCAAGGAUGCUGAAUUAGCAAAGAAGGUGAAAGAAAUCACCAAGCUGCUUGAGGAUGUGAGACAAGCAAAGCUGGAAGUCGAAGCAGCACGUCAGCAGGCCGCUGAGAAAAUAAAUGAUUUGAACAAACGUCUGCAAAAGAGCGAAGAAGAAAAGUCUGAAAUUGCAGCAGAAAACACAAAGCUGCAGCAGCAACUGGAGGAAGCAAAAAAUUGCACUGAGUUCCAGAUCCGUUAUGAUGUGCUGCAGGCCAAGUACAAAGAAAAAAUCUCAAACAUGAGUAACACCUUAGCCCGUCAAGUUUUGACCAUCCAGACUCUCUCAGUGGAAGUGGAAGCUCUUAAGGACAAGCUCAGUCAGUCGGAGGGGAAAAAUGAAGAAGCGGCAGCACUGAGGAAGCAGCUGGAGGAGAAGAACAGUGAGCUGAGCAAGGUGAAAAACGAGCUGCAGGAACAGAAAGUGUAUUCUGCUGAUCUUCUGAAAUUGCUGGAGUCAUUGCGGAAGCUGUCCAGGCAGCAGGAGCAGAGCAUCGCGGAGUAUCUGGCUGAGAUUCACAGGCUGGAGGCGGAAAUUGAAGGUUUGAUGAUCAAGGUUUCAAACACAGGAGAUGACAGCGCAAAGCUAACCAUAGAGGUGAUUGCUUUGAAGGAACAGCUGGCCAAUUUGGAAAAAGUGAAAUCACAAGUAGAGAAAGAAGCCUCAGAGAAGAUUGCAGCCCUGGAGAAGGACAUCGAGGAAAAGAACAAAGAGAUCAAAUAUCUGAAGAACUACAACUGCGAAGACAUAAAGAAACAGGUGGAGCAGCUUCGGAGGGAUUUGGGAGCUAAAGAGCAGGAAGUGGACAACCUGAAGAAAUCCAGAGAUGCUGACGUUAGAGAGCUGCAGAAGAAGAUUACAGAGUUGAAUAAGGAUCUGGGGCUCAGCGCAGACAAGCUGAAGGAGAAAGAUGCAGAGAAUGCAGAAUUGAUUAAGCAAGCGGCUGAUUUGGGGGAACAGCUGAAAGAAGCAGCAAAACGACAAGAAAAUGUCAAACAAUCCAUGCAGAAACAGAUCGACGAUCUUAAAGAGCAGCUGGGGGGCAAAGAGAAGGAUGUUUCAGAUCUGAAGAACAGUAUUGCAGGCCUUCAAGAGCAGGUGAAGAACAGGGACAAGAAAGUGGCCGAACUUCAAGACCAAACUGCAGCUCUAAAUGAGGAUCUGGUCAGGAAACAGGACAAGCUGACCCAAGCAGAGCAGGAUGUGAAGAAUAAAGAAGCGACUAUCACCGACCUGAAUAACAAGCUCCACAAGAAGGACCAGGAACAAGGCGUUGCGCUGAAGGAGAACGAGCUGCUGAGGAAUCAGGUGACAGAGAUCAAACACAGACUGGAGGAACUGCAAAACGUGUCAUCGGAGAACGAUCGCCUGAAGGAGGAGCUUAUGCAGACGAACGCCAAACUGGAGGAGCUGGAAAAUCAAGGCAAGGUCCCUCCCAUCACUGUGGUCUCUCCAGUGUUAGAUCCAGACACAGCGCACCGCAGGCUCUACCUGUCCGACGACGGACAGUCAGCGAGGGGCGGCGACUUCCCCCGGCUUGUUCUGAAUGGUCCUAAGCGCUACGAUUCCGCCCUGGCGGCUGUGGCGAAAACAGGCUAUGACACCGGGAGGAUCUACUGGGAGGUCCAAGUGGGGACCCGGGCCUGUUUCGUGGUGGGCGUGGCCAGAAAAUCGGCUCAGAGGAAAGGCGAACUGACCUAUGGGCCCCAAAAUGGUUACUGGGGCAUUCUGAAGAGGAAGGACGGGAGGUACCUGGCCCUCACUGAGCCUUACACGUUCCUCAUGAUGACCGAAAGACCGACUGCGAUUGGGGUUCUAGUGGACUUCAGUAAGAAAGAGAUCGCCUUUUAUAGCCCCAAGUCCCCGAUGCCUCUCUACACCUUCCAGAACAACGUCUUCACGGAAUCACUGUAUCCGUACAUAGAGACGUGCACCGACCAGUAUGCGGACGAACCCUCCAUCGCCAUCUCCAAGGCUCCGUCCAUCUCCUGGCUGCAGGCCAACUGAGCGUUACGCUGCUUCUGCUCUGAAAUGCUUGAUGUGGCAGUUAAUCGCCCCAGUUUAUUGCGAUUAUCGCUGUACUUUCUGAAAUAAAGUCAGUGCUCAGACGCAUCA